UCUAGUGAGGGAAAUCUUUAGUUUUUGUUCUUUUUGUUUUCAAAUUGAUUUCGAUCGCUCCAUUUCUUCAAUUUCGAAGAGGAACGAUCUCUGUGUUAAUUUCGCUUAGUUUAACUCGAUUUCUAGAUGAAGAUUUGUAGUAUCUUACCAUUUGUUGCUAUUAUGCACUUGAUCUUGUAGGAGAUAAUAACAACUUCUCGCAGAUUAGGUUCUAUUACUCAAACUAUUCUCAUUUUCUCUAUUUUUUUCGCUAGAUUUAACCCUAAAUCCUUCACUUUGUAGAAUCGUUGAUGUGUUUAUGGAGCAAACUCAUCUUUGAUUUUUGUUCUUUCAAAUUGAUUUCGAUCGUUCCAGUUCGUCAAUUUAGCCAUUGAAUUCGAAGAGGAACGAUCUCUGUGUUAAUUUCACUUAGUUUAAAACGAUUUCUAGAUGAAGUUUUGUAGUAUCUUAUCAUCUUGUUGCUAUUAUGAACUUGAUCUUGUAGGAGAUAAUAACACCUUCUCGCAGAUUAGGUUCUAUUACUCAAACUAUUCUCAUUUUCUCUAUUUUUUUCGCUAGAUUUAACCCUAAAUCCUUCACUUUGUAGAAUCGUUGAUGUGUUUAUGGAGCAAACUCAUCUUUGAUUUUUGUUCUUUCAAAUUGAUUUCGAUCGUUCCAGUUCGUCAAUUUAGCCAUUGAAUUCGAAGAGGAACGAUCUCUGUGUUAAUUUCACUUAGUUUAAAACGAUUUCUAGAUGAAGUUUUGUAGUAUCUUAUCAUCUUGUUGCUAUUAUGAACUUGAUCUUGUAGGAGAUAAUAACACCUUCUCGCAGAUUAGGUUCUAUUACUCAAACUAUUCUCAUUUUCUCUAUUUUUUUCGCUAGAUUUAACCCUAAAUCCUUCACUUUGUAGAAUCGUUGAUGUGUUUAUGGAGCAAACUCAUCUUUGAUUUUUGUUCUUUCAAAUUGAUUUCGAUCGUUCCAGUUCGUCAAUUUAGCCAUUGAAUUCGAAGAGGAACGAUCUCUGUGUUAAUUUCACUUAGUUUAAAACGAUUUCUAGAUGAAGUUUUGUAGUAUCUUAUCAUCUUGUUGCUAUUAUGAACUUGAUCUUGUAGGAGAUAAUAACACCUUCUGGCAGAUUAGGUUCUAUUACUCAAACUAUUCUCAAUUUCUACAUUUUUGUCGUUAGAUUCAACCCCAAAUCCUUCACUUGGUAGAAGCUUGAUGUGUUUAUGGAGCAAACUCAUCUUGUUUUAAGCAUCUUAUGAUCUUUAAAAAGGAUCUGUCCUAGGAGAGCUGCCUCUAAUUCUUUCGUAACAAACUACUUACAAAAUGUCGUCAGGAGGUGAUUCUAUCAAUGGCCAUGCCGAUCAGCCCCUUUUCUCCUUUGGGGUUAUAACGGAUGUCCAAUAUGCUGAUAUUCCAAACGGGCACUCAUUUCUUGGCAUCCCUCGAUACUACCGCGAAAGCAUUCAGGUUUUACAAAGAGCAGUGCAACAAUGGAAUGAUCUGAAGAAACUCCAGUUUUCGAUCAACUUUGGGGACAUUGUCGAUGGGUUCUGUCCUAAGGCCAAGUCUCUCAGUGCCGUGCAGAAAGUUGUUGAGGAGUUUGAGAGGUUCAAUGGACCAACCUACCAUAUGAUAGGCAACCACUGCCUAUACAAUCUCCCUCGCCACCAACUGAUCUCAUUGCUGAAGGUGCCCUCUGCUCCUGACCGUGCAUACUAUGACUUCUUGCUGUGUCCAGAGUACAGAUUUGUUGUUCUGGAUGCAUACGACAUUAGUUCAAUCGGCUGGCCAAAGGAUCAUCCAAAUGCACUGGAAGCUAUGCGAAUUUUGGAAAUGAAGAAUCCUAAUUUGGAUAAGAACAGUCCAAAUGGCAUGGAAGGCCUCGAGAGGAGGUUCCUUAUGUUCAAUGGGGCUGUUGGGAAAGAACAAUUGCUCUGGCUCGAAGAUGUCCUUCAAAGAUCCUCCAAGAACGAGCAGAAGGUCGUCCUAUGUUGUCAUCUUCCCUUGCACCCCGAAGCAGCAUCAAUUGAGGCACUCUUGUGGAACUGCGAUGAGGUGAUGAGUUUGAUCCAUCGUUAUGGAUGUGUGAAGGCUUGCCUUGCUGGUCACGACCACAAAGGUGGUCAUGUUGUCGACUCUCAUGGCAUUCAUCAUCAUGUUUUCGAGGCCGCUCUCGAGUGCCCUCCGGGGUCGAAUGCUUAUGGAUACAUAGAUGCAUACCAUGAUAGGCUUUCUCUUGUAGGUACUGACAGAAUGAAGAGCAGUGAGAUGAUCUUUAGAUAAGUAGACAGAAACAUGGUUCAUUGUUUUUUCUCAUACACACUUGUGAGGGUAAGUUUCACAACAGAAUACAGAUUGCAACACAAAUUUUACCAUCAUUUGAUAUAUAUAUUCACUGAAAUUGAUUGAAAAUUUGUGCCUGUGAAUUUUGUCUAAAAAACUGCAAGCUUGAAAUUUCCUUGCAUUUUUAAUGAAAUGAUAUAUAUCAUUUUUAGA